GCGAGCAGGAGCGAGGAGGAGUAGGAGCAGGAUGGUGAUGAAGUCCUGAACUGGUUCCUUCCCUUUCCCUGGUAUCAUACAUCAGAGCUGCGACGGAAGCGGGAAAACUUGCGGGGGGUUCCCGUUCCCGCCCGGCUGCAUGGAGCAGAGGGGCAUUUUGAGUUUCGGGGUGCAGAGGGUAUAUGUUUCUCGCUGCCCUCCCCAGAUGUAGUGUGUAGAUUCUCAGACUGUUUGGCAGCUGAAGGAUUGGUCGACCUGCGGAUAUCCGUGACAGCUUGCACGAGCUCGAGGUAGCGGCCAGAUGCCUGCCAGCCGGAACAUGUUGUGAAUUAGUGGGAAAGGGUUUUUACUUCUUUGUUCGAAAUUGGACUUCAGAUUUUGGAAGCGUUUUGGAUGUGUGUAUCAGUGUCCAUGUGCAUCUGUUGUUGUGACAUUGCGACAGCGGGGCUGGAGCGAGUGUUACAGCGUCUUACAGUGGGUUUCUGAUUUUGCGGAGGAGGACCUGUGGAGUGAGAGAGAUAGGCUUCGUAGGGUUGGGCAAGAGUUCGGAACUGUAGCGAAUAAUGUGAUGGUAGCGUUGCUCUGUUGUGGCAUAACGGGGCAAGUGUGCAUGUGAGAGACGUCGCUACAGUGGAGCUUGUUUUGUGAGGUUUUGUGCUUAGUUGGAGACUCGUGGUGAUUCGGGUUUGGGCGCCGUCGCGGGAUCAAGGCGAGAAAUAGUGGACCGAGAUUGUUUUGUGAGUGUUAUAUUUAACUUCACGGGCACAGCCGGGGCAGAAGCUCGAAGGAGCAGCACGUCCUCGCCAUGUGUGUUUAGUCGUGAGAUUUCUUCGUAUAGCUCCAUAAACCACUGUCAUUCAGACCUCGACGACACCCUCAAUGGCAGCUGAGGUUGGCAGGCGCGUUUUGCGUCACCGAGCGUCAACUUCGGCACCAGCAGUACCAGCAGCUCCUUCGAAUAAUGUGCGUCAAACUAGAGCGGCGGCGAAACGAUCAGCUAUGGACGACAUCAAGCAUACCGUUCUACAUCCCAGAAAGCGCACAGUGCAGCCGAAUGGAAAGCGUGCUCCCCUUACCGACAUCUCAAAGCAGGCCAAUGUUGCACUAUCCAGCUUUCCAGCCGUUGACUGUUUCGACUCCAACAAUUGCCAGGAACUAAAAUCCAUGCAAAUUCUCGAAGGUGAUGAGAACGCUGUUCCCGAAGACAGCGGAAAGGUCCGUGAAGAAAAGAGUGUACUGUGUGUCGUUGAAAUUGAUCUGCAAGAGGCGUCAUUGCCUUCUCAACCACUGGUUGCCCAAGUUGACUCGGAACCCGAGUCAGAGAACAGUUCUUCAGCGAAUGCAUCUUCAGAGCGACCAAAUUCUAAUAACCUCUUUUCAUGCAAAGAUCGGGUGAAACAAACCAACCUGUUCGAUGACAAGUGCCCUUCGGAGAAAUCAUCCUGGUCGAAUGGGUUGGCCUUCGAAGAUAUAGACAGCGACCACUCAGACCCUCAAAUGUGUAGUACUUAUGCCGCAGAUAUUUACUUGCAUCUGCGAAUGGCGGAGAUUAAGCGAAGACCAACUACGGAUUUCAUGGAAGUCAUGCAAAAGGACAUCAAUCCUAGCAUGAGGGGAAUUCUUAUUGAUUGGCUUGUCGAGGUUGGUGAAGAAUAUAAAUUAGUUCCAGACACUCUCUACCUGACAGUAUCCUACAUUGACCGCUUUCUGUCCUGUAACAUUGUGACACGACAACGGCUUCAACUUCUUGGAGUGUCCUGCAUGCUAAUUGCUGCCAAGUACGAAGAAAUAUGUGCACCGCAAGUUGAGGAAUUCUGCUACAUUACUGACAACACCUAUCAACGCGAAGAGGUUCUAGAGAUGGAGAGGAAAGUUUUGAUGGAGCUGAAGUUUGAAUUGACGACGCCGACUGUAAAAAGUUUCUUAAGGCGAUUUAUCAGAGCCGCUCAAGCUACUUGCAAAGCCCCAAAUCUAAUUCUGGAGUUCCUGGGCAACUUUCUUGCGGAGCUCACACUGACUGAGUACGUGUUCCUAGGUUUUCUCCCGUCUAUGAUAGCUGCGUCCGCUGUGUACAUGUCAAAGUUAACCCUCGACCCGUCGACUCGUCCAUGGGAUGUGACUCUGCAACACUACACUGGCUACAAGGCUUCUGACUUGGAGAAGUGCGUAAGGCUUAUACAUGACCUGCAGCGGAACACAAAGAAUUGUACACUUCCUGCCAUACGAGAGAAAUACAGAAAUCAUAAGUUCAAGUGUGUGGCAACGUUGACGCCUCCUUCAGUACUUCCCCCGGAAUUUUUCAAAGACGCUGAAUGCUGCUGACCGUACGAAGCUCUUCGCAAUUCUGCAAAUCACCUCAACACUAAUUUCCUGCCUGUUAGAGUUCAAGCGUGUGAAAUCGAUAGCGCCAACGCUGACCCUGGAGUAACCAAGGACCGCGAAGUAACCAAGAGCCGUGAACAAAUAUGGUUUUGAGGUUAGAUAGAGAUUCGGUCCAACAUUUUGCAGAGGCCCUCAGACUGGAGCUGGUUAGAGGGAGUCUUCACCGGUCUUCAAGGGCCUGUCACGUACUAACUCUUGAAGACUGCCACGUGCUGUUGACUGGCGCAUGAUCCCCGAAGGAGUAGGUGUAACAUUCAGCAACCGCAAUUUUCCUAAAUGAUUUAGUUCUAAUGGAUGUAGAGUAGAUGCCGAGUACAUUCUAGCUCAUGUGAUGGCGUCUCGAUCUGUUAAAAAAAAAAAGAAAAGAAAAAAGUAUUUUGUUCUUCGUUUAUGUAUAGUCUGUUCUCAUUCCGAGAGAAAAGAGGUCAGCGGUCUGUGUGCGCUGUCAUACUUAUGACCCUCUUGUUAUUAGUUAGUGUUCUUAGAAUGGCACUCGACUCUACUAAGCUUUGAAGCAGAGGAUGGAGUAGGUAGUUACUUGUAGACCAGGAAGUUACUAACAGACCAACCGGCACUCAACAAGUGAGCUUGUCGGCUUCCAUGACAAAUGCGCAUCGGAAGAAAACCAAAAAUGAAAAAAGGGAAAAAAGAGACUAAAAAAGACCAGUACGAGUUUUGACACUUGAGAAAUGAAAAAAGAGAAGCUGACACCUGUUUAUAUAUCA